AUACUAUAUGUUCAUAUAUGUUGUUGCAGCUAGCUUAGACACUUAGCUGUACAAGUGUGUAAUUAAGAAUUACUGUGCCCAACCUCACCAGCAAAAAUAGGCAGAAAAUCCUAGAGUAAUCCACCAACCACUAAUCCACUACAUCCUUCCCACCAAUUUCAACGUUUCUUUCAGUCUUUCACCAUCUUCCUCAACUCAAAACCUUAAUCCCAAUCCCAUUCCAUCAUCUUCAUCUUCCUCCAUUUUCUCUCUCCUCCUCCAUACCCAAAACCUUAAUCCCACUCCCAUCAAUGGAGUCCUCAGAUCUCCACCACUCAACAACCUUCCCAACUAUCCACCCAAACUCCAAAACAGCCCUCCUCUCCUUCGACACAGAUCCACCCACUUCCCCAAACCCCACUUCCCAUUCCAAAUUCCUCACUCUCUCUCUCCUCCUCACCACAUUCAUCUCUGUCAUCACGGCUAUCGCAUUCGCUUCUCUUUUCUUCUCCGCUACCGACGGAUCGUCAAUUAAUAAUAAUAUCACUGCUCGUCGUCUCACUAAACUGACCCGCCCCGUCGUACUGUUGAUUUCAUCAGACGGGUUUCGAUUCGGGUACCAGUUCAAAGCUCCGACACCCAACAUUCAUCGAAUUAUCAACAAUGGCACUGAAGCUGAACUUGGGUUAAUCCCUGUUUUUCCUACAUUAACAUUCCCUAAUCAUUACUCAAUUGUAACGGGUUUAUAUCCAGCUUAUCAUGGAAUUAUUAAUAAUUACUUUGUUGAUCCUAAGACAGGUGAAAAGUUCUCAAUGGCUAGUCAUGAACCUCACUGGUGGCUCGGAGAACCCUUGUGGGAGACCGUGGCCAAGCGCGGCGAGAAGGCGGCGACGUAUUUUUGGCCUGGUUCUGAGGUAACUAAAGGUGAUUGGAAUUGUCCUGAUUAUUAUUGUGAACAUUAUAAUGGAUCUGUGCCUUUUGAGGAUCGUGUUGAUAAGAUCAUUAGUUAUUUUGAUUUGCCAAGUGAGGAAAUUCCGGUUUUCAUGACAUUGUAUUUUGAGGACCCGGAUCAUCAGGGUCAUCAGGUUGGGCCGGAUGACCCGGAGAUUACUCGGGCCGUGGUUAGGAUUGAUGAGAUGAUUGGGAGAUUGAUUAAGGGGUUGGAGGAAAGAGGGGUGUUUGAGGAUGUUAAUGUUAUAAUGGUGGGUGAUCAUGGGAUGGUUGGUACUUGUGAUAGGAAGUUGAUAUUUUUGGAUGAUUUAGCUCCUUGGGUUGAGAUUAAAUUGGAUUGGGUUCAAUCUUAUACUCCGUUGCUUGCGAUUAGCCCUCCACCGGAGUUUUCUGCUAAGGAGAUUGUCGCGAAGAUGAAUGAGGGUUUGCAAUCAGGGAAAGUUGAGAAUGGGAAGAAUUUGAGGGUUUUUCUUAAGGAAGAUCUCCCUAGUAGGCUUCAUUAUGCUGAUAGUUAUAGGAUUCCGCCUAUAAUUGGGCUUCUUGAAGAGGGUUACAAAGUUGAGCAGAAAAACUCUAACAAGAAUGAAUGUGGAGGUGCUCAUGGUUAUGAUAACGCGUUCUUCUCCAUGAGGACUGUUUUCAUGGCUCAUGGUCCUAAGUUUGCGAGGGGAAGAAAGGUGCCUUCAUUCGAAAAUGUCCAGAUAUAUAAUCUGGUUACUUCGAUACUCAACAUAGAAGGAGCACCUAACAAUGGGAGUGAUUCAUUUCCGAACUCUGUUCUUUUGCCUGAUGCAUAAAUUUACACUUGACAAUCACCAACGGAGUGAGAAUUUAUGGUUAGGUUUUGAAUGCAAGCAUGAUCAUGUUAUGGAUGUAGUUUACUAGUGUAAAUACUUCAUUAUGUCAGCUUAACUUUUGGAUGUUGGAUAUGCAGGUGUAUGCUAUAACAAUGAGUGUAUAAUUCAGGAAUCUAGUGGUCAAAUGCUAGUCAUUUUUAUGUUAUAUCCUCGUUUUUGUCAAGAUCUCAGCCUAUUAUUUCCAAAAAGAAUGAUGAAUUUCUCAUUUGUAAGCUGUGCCAUGCUGUUCUAAUGAUUUUUUCCCCCUCA